UAAACGUAGCAGCUCACCCACACCUAAAGUUGCCUAGUACGUGCAGCUGCAGCGUCGUCCUCCCUCCCCUCCACCCAUCGAAUUCCAUUCCAUCCUUUGCUUCCAUUCCACUUCAAAUCAAAGGGGCGCGCGCAUCGCAUCGCAUCGCAUGCUUGCUCUCCUCGCGAUCAAUCAGAGUUCUCUCUGUCUCUGAUAGUGAUACAUAUACCCUCUGCUCACUUCUUGAAUAACUGCUCCGAUCCGCCGACGAACAAACGUACAACAGAAUGCACCCCAUGACGACGAGCUGCGAGUUCGCCGCCGUCCUGGCGCUCCGGUCGAACCGCAGCCGACCAUCAUCUCCGCCGCCGCCGCUGCUGCCGGCUUCCGUGGCCAAUAAGAAACCCGCUGCCUCCUCCUCCACCUCCACGCGACGAUGGCGCUGCGCGUCGUCCCGCCGCGACGACGACGCGGAUGAGUUCAGCUGCAACGGCACCGGCGGCGGCGGCGGCGGGGGGCGGAUGGUGGACGAGGGGAUGGUGGUCCUGCGGCGACGGAUCCACGAGAUGGAGGCCCCGGAGCGCGGGUGGGAGCCUCCCCAGGAGUGGGCGGCGUGGGAGAAGGAGUGGUACGCCACCUACGACGCCGACGUCUGCCACCUCCUCGGCGUCCUCCAGGCGUUCCUCGUCAGCUCCCGGCCCGGCGUCGGCGUCGGGCUCGUCGCCGUGCUCGCGCUCGCGGUGCCGGCCUCCGCCUUUGUCCUCGUCUCACUCCUCCUCGACGCUUCGCGGGCGAUCGUCUCCAGUCUGCACCAGUGAUGAUGCAUGAUCGAUCAAACUGACAACUACACGUCGCACGCACAUCAUCCUUUUAUAUACAUUCUUUCGUUCCUUAAUUACUCUGUCAUCACACGCGAUACGUACGUAAUGAUCUUGUCCUUUAUUAUAACUCUGUAUUCAUGACAAUUGCUAGGUACAAACAAGAAUAUCAAAAAGUGAAUGUGACUGCUUAUGAGUAUCUAGCUGCAUGAUUCUAUCUUUUUUGUAUAAAUAACACCGCUAGGGGUCACUGUCGAGUCUGGGUUCAACCAGCAGUGACUUUCAUUUUCA